CACAACUGCUCUUGUGUAACAGUGCGUCAGUCAUUUAAUUGACAAUUAACUCAUCAUUAAAAUUCAAACUUUGGAUUAUUAUAAACAUAAGUAAUGAAGCCCUGCGGGCUGUUCAGGAACGCUGAUAAAAUAUAUCGAUCGAUUUGUCAUGGGGAUCUUGGGAUGGCUUGCGCCGCCACCAGAUUGGGCUCAACUAUGCCCGAUUUAACGGCAGUCAGGUAUAAAGUCAAACGUGAGCCCUUUGGUGAAAUAACUGGGACCCAUGUCAACUUUUUUGAACAAUUGUUGGGACACAAUCGAGUUAUUACUGAUCCGAACGAGUGUGAUAGCUACAAUGUCGACUGGAUUAAGAUGGUUCGAGGAAGCAGUAGACUUGUGUUGAAGCCUAACUCGACAGAAGAAGUGUCAGAAAUUCUGAAGUACUGCAAUGAUAAUAAUUUAGCUGUUUGUCCACAAAGUGGUAAUACUGGUCUUGUUGGUGGUAGUGUUCCAGUAUUUGAUGAAAUUGUUUUGUCGAUGAAAAUGAUGAAUAAAAUAAUAUCUACUGAUGAAUUGUCUGGAGCAUUAGUUUGUGAAGCCGGAUGUAUAUUAGAAGUUUUAGAAAACCAUGUAGAACAAUACGGAUUAAUGAUGCCCUUGGACCUUGGGGCUAAGGGAAGUUGUCUUAUCGGAGGAAAUAUAUCUACCAAUGCUGGAGGUCAAAGAUUGUUGAGAUACGGAAACUUACAUGGAUCUGUAUUGGGUCUUGAAGCUGUUACUGCGAACGGUCGGAUAAUCGAUUCUAUGAGUACAUUGAAGAAAGACAAUACUGGUUAUCAUCUUAAAAAUUUAUUUAUUGGAUCAGAAGGUACACUUGGAGUCGUUACUAAAGUUGCAAUACAGUGUCCGACUCGUCCAUUGGCACAAAAUGUUGCGUUUGUCGGAUUGAACAGUUUCGAUAAAGUAUUGAAGACUUUCGUGCUUGCGAAAAAAAAACUUGCGGAAAUUUUGUCAGCCUGUGAGAUGAUUGACUCGUGGUCUUUGGGAAUCAGUGUAGAUUUAUUACAUUUAAAGAGUCCGCUGAGUCAGGAUCACAAAUUUUACAUGCUCAUUGAAACGUCAGGAAGCAAUCAGAAGCAUGACGAAGAAAAGUUGACGUCUUUUGUCGAGACUGCUUUGUCAGAGGAGCUUAUUGAAGAUGGAACUCUGAGCGGUGAUCCUACAAAAAUAAAAAAAAUUUGGGAGAUUCGUGAACGUUUGGGCGAGGGAUGUUUGUUAGAUGGAUACUGCUUCAAAUAUGACGUGUCUCUACCACUUCCACACUUUUAUAAACUAAUUGAAGCCCUUCAUGAACGUCUAGACACUUCACGAGUUGUUAGAAUCAGUGGGUUUGGUCAUCUAGGCGACGGUAACCUGCACGUGGUAGUGGCAACACCCAAGUACGAUCCAGAGAUCGAGUCUCAACUUGAGCCUUUUCUCUUUGAAUACGUAUCCGAACAACGUGGGAGUGUGAGCGCUGAACACGGAAUUGGGUUCAAAAAAACAAAGUAUCUUAGUUACAGCAAAAACGCCUCUGCUAUUCACCUCAUGAAGGAAAUUAAAAAUUUAAUGGAUCCUCGUGGGAUUUUAAAUCCCUACAAAGUGCUUCCCUAAUUUUUUUU